GACGCUUCGAAGGCUCAUUACACAUGCCUAAGUUGGAUAUACUAUAUUAUUAUACGUACAUAGAUACCUAGCAGUAUCCAUGGAUAUGUUGGCCGUUACAGGGUUGUAUAAGCCCGGAUCCACACAGCAAGCAUACUCCCAUCCACACAUGGCGGCGGUACAACCGACUAACCUAGCAAUGUAGCCACACAUCAUUGUACAUGUUAAGUAUAUCCACUUAUUCCUGACUCCCCCUGGGUAUUAUACGUUGCCGUUGAUGUUUAUGUUAUCUGUUGAAUGACGGUAUAUGGUCACUAAUUAGAACCACUCUUCUUUCAAUAGUAAAGGUCGUUGAUGUGAUGUAAUGAAAUAUAUAUAUAUAUAUCCUCUUCAGAUUCCUCUACAGGAGGUUUUUCUUUUUUCCUCUCUUCUCUAAUUUAACAUUUCCAACAGAUCUGAAGUUCAAGAACCUCCCCUAUCUUGAACAAUAAACCACCAACAGAACUCAGCUGAAUACGAUUUUGGCUGGUACCUAUUACGCUUACUACCGCUAUCUAUUUGCUUUUAUAUCGCGUGUCGAGUUCGAUCCUUACUUUUUUUCACCAUGUCUUUGGAACCACCCCAGCAACAGCCCGCCACCUUCCACCGCGGUAGCUUUGCCGACGAGAUUGAGACAGCACGGACUGAUCUCUCCCGUAAACUACUCCUAGGUGAUGACUCUCCUGGUGCCAGCCCCUCCGAUUUAGAGACCGCCCCGUCUUUGAGCCCGGCUGUCAGUGCCACAUCUUCGACUCCGGAGUCCGAUGCGGCCAUCUCUCCCAUCUCGCCCCCUCUCGACGAGGAGCUCGUUGCAGACAGCUUCGCCUUUGCCUUCGAUAUCGAUGGUGUCCUCGUCCGAGGUGGUCGCCCCAUCCCUGAGGCGCUUCAGGCUAUGAAGGUCCUGAAUGGAGAGAACCAAUACGGAAUCAAGAUUCCAUACAUUUUCCUUACCAACGGCGGCGGCAAGACCGAAGCCGAACGAUGUGGCGAUCUUUCUGGUCAACUCCAAGUUGAUAUUUCGCCAGCUCAAUUCAUCUGCGGCCACACUCCCAUGUCGGAGAUGGCUGACAAAUACAACACCGUCCUAGUUGUCGGCGGUGAGGGCGAGAAGUGCCGCACUGUCGCCCAAGGCUACGGCUUCAAGGACGUUGUCACUCCUGGCGACAUUAUCAAGGCCAACGCUGCCACCACGCCGUUCCGCAAGCUGACAGACGAGGAACACCGAAACUCCAAGGAACGAGAUUUCAGCAAGGUAACGAUCGAGGCCAUCUUCGUCUUUGCCGACUCUCGCGACUGGGCUGGGGACUUGCAAAUCAUUCUGGAUCUGGCCAUGUCCAAGGGUGGUCGCAUCGGAACCCUAUCCGAGACCUUCGACGAGGGCCCGCCGAUCUACUUCUCCCACAACGACGUGGUCUGGUCGGCCGCGCACGACAACGUCCGCCUCGGAAUGGGUGCCCUGCGAGGAAUCGUCGAGUACACAUUCAAGGAGGUGACCAAGGGUAAGACCUUGGAGACGCACGCGUUCGGCAAGCCGCAGAUUGGGACGUUCGAGUUCGCGACGCGCCUGCUCAAGCGCUGGCGCCGCAACGCGCACCGCCUCAACGCGCCGCCCGACACGGUCUACUUCGUCGGCGACACCCCCGAGAGUGACAUCCGGGGCACCAACCAGUACAACGAGAAGGCCGAGAACGACUGGUACAGCAUCCUCGUCAAGACGGGCGUCUACCAGGACGGCACAGAGCCGGCCUACAAGCCCCGCGUCACCGUCAACACCGUGCUCGAUGCUGUCAACCACGGCAUCGAGCGCGAGAUGGAGCGCCGCAGGAAGAAGAAGCAGAGCCAGAAGCCCAACCUGGUUCCCAUGCCGAAGCUGAGCCUGGAGGAGGCACAGGACUGUGCCGUCUUCAGCCCGAUGGAGGAGCGCACGAUCGAGCUUACGGCUGCGUAAUUGGAAUUACGAUAAGCCGCAAGUCAACAUCCUGUGGAAGUCACAUCCUCUCAAUCCACAUCACGAUGAUUCUUCUUUUCUACUAGGGAACGACGACCUUUUUAUGAUACCAUUAUUACCUACUCUUAUAUACAUAUUCUACGUUUCUUUUUCUUCUUUCUUAUUACACCACAAAACUCUGCCCGCAGCGCAUGGGAUCAUGCUAUAGAGCGAGCAUUCAUUCUGUCUUCUUCUUUUUCUCUUUUUACUAUUUUCUACCCUUUUUUUUUACUUUUUUAUAUAUCUUAUCUACACGGGAGGGCAUGUAAGAGUGAGUUUGUGUUUGUGUGUUUGGGCUGGAUUCUUAAUGAACGAGGCAUCCAUGUUGUGUCCGUUUAGAUGAUACUGGGGGGAGUUGGAUUUUUUUUAUUUUUUUCUUUUACUUUGCUGCAUUAGCUGGUGUUUAUAUAUAGGGAUUGAUGUGGAUGAAUGAAUGUUUUAGGUAAAUACUUGUUGGAACGUUGAAGAAAAGCUUAGUAGAGCUAAUGACUAGGCAUCCUUUUAAUUCCACCUAUGA